UUCCCAUGUGAGCCGGAAGGAGUAUUGACUUUUAUUAUACAGCCUUCCUCUGGAACAAACUCCCGGAUGGAGGCAGUAGAAGUUUUAACCCCAUUACAUUAAGCUACUACGUCUCAUGUCACUAUAUUCCCUUCUCGUGUCGGUCUCCUCAGCCAUUACUAUCGUUCGAAACGGUGUUGUACAAAUUAAUUCUGAAGCUAUUGAACAAGGAUAGGUAAGGACUUCCACUACAUAUGGACAUACGUACUACACUACUACAUAGAUAAGCCUGGUAUUGUUGUAUUUUUAUUUCUUUUAUGUGGUUUCUUGUGGGUCUACUUUUUGCUUAUUACAAGAGAGGCCUAACUUUUUAAAUGGUUUGGCUUGAUGUCAUUACCCCUGCUUGCACAUUUCUUGUUUAAUGUAUAGUGAAUUUGUAAUGCCAAUGAAUCUUUUCUUACCGAACAAUUGUUCCUCUUACAAUGUGGUGGUGCCUCUGUGUAGUUGGGAUUAGUGAUUUCUCAAUGAGAAUAGGGUAUAUAGUGCAUAUUUGGUCAUAAUUGCAUGUAAUUUGGUCUCCUUGACAUUAUUUUGCAUCCCAAUCUCUAGAGAUACUCUUGGUUGCAAGAAUGGAGUCCGGGAAAAAGCCAGGGAAACUUCUUUCUUCUGCAAACAGUAUUCUUUACAUGGAUCUUAAGGAUAUCAUCAGAGAACAUGCCCUGCCUUUCCUUCCAGCUAUAUCACUACUCAGAUUCCGGGCGGUUUGUCGAGACUGGAAGCUCCAUAUUUCGGCACCAUUUUUUCACCACACUCAGUCACUCUGUUGCCGUGCAAUAUCAGGUCUAUUCUGUCAGACUCCUGAAAAUCCUUCUGUCUUCAUACCUAUCCACCUAAAAUCUUCAGGUGUUCCAGACCCAUCCCUGAGUUUUCUGCCAGAGCCUGUUGACCUUAAGGCCUCAUCAAAUGGACUUCUUUGUUGUCAAGGACGAAGCGGAAACAAGCCCUACUACAUGUGCAAUCCAGCUACAAAACAAUGGCACAAACUUCCAGAACCAACUGCUUGUCAUGGACCUGAUUCAGCACUUGUAGUUGCAUUCGAACCAUCACUGCUCAACUUUGUACCUGAGUACAAGCUCAUCUGUGCUUUCCGAUCUGCAGAUUUUGAUGAUGCAGCCGAGUUUGAAAUAUACACCUCCAGAAACAAUUCGUGGAGUGUUUCUGGGGAGAUUCGUUUUGGAGUUAAACGAUUUACCCCUAGGUCUGGGAUUCAUGUCAAUGGGGUUGUUUACUGGAACAUGGCUGGUGGUGGCAUUCUUUCUUUUGAUCUAGCAAAAGACAGGUCACAACUUCUUGAAAAGCAUUAUUACAGUAGUGACUGUGCUCUGGGAACAUUUGAUGGAAAGCUAUGUAAGACUUCUCUCCUCGGCCUUUCAGUGUGUAUUAGUGCUUUGGUUAAUGUGCACACAAAUACCAUGGAACUGAAUUCCAGAACAAAAAUGUGGGAGCCUGUACAGAAUGUUUCUCUCCAAAGCGAUGUGCUUGAUGGGGAUCAUAACCGCUGCAAAGUUGAAAUUCUAAGCAGUGAUGCUCUGGUCAUUAAGUGUGGGAGAAAGUUGUAUUCCUAUGAUUUGAAGUCCAAAGAAACUAAAGCUCUGAACCAGCCAGGUGCAGAAACAUAUGAUGCUACUAUAUGUGUGCCGUACGUGAAUAGCCUCGUGUCACUUUGAUCCUUCUUGAAGUUAAUGCCGAUGUAGUUUCCUGUGACUGAAGGUGCUGGUUUUAAUAUAACAUUCAUAAGUCAAGGCUCGUGUAAUGUUCUUCUAUCCAUGUGCUAUCUCUUGCUUAUCCCAUAUAUGUUUCCUACUCUUUUAGCUUUUGAUCCUGUGAAAUGCUUUUUAUGCUCAUAAUAAUAUGGCAUCUCGUAAUGUUCGUUAAAAGCAGUACUUUUCAUCUACCGCUUGUUUUGGUCAUUUGUUGCCUCAUUUUUUAUACUGUCUUAUCUGCCAAACGUUGCUUUUUUAUAUACCAAAUGUGUGCGGGUGUGCUGUUUGCAAGUAUAAAUAAAUGUAGAACAGAAAGGAGUCCACUGUUCGAUUUACUUUGAUCCGU